CGUCGCCAUCAAAGCCAAAUCAAACUCCAAACACAAGAGAGAUUGAUAAAGAAUUGUUUUUAUCAUUGUUAUUCUUGUAACUUCACCUUGGAUAUGCCUUGUGUUUUGAUGGAACAUGUCGUCUUUGCCUUAGAAUUGUUUUGAACCCCCCACUCAUGAUCACCAGCUCACUCUUCUUCCAAGACUCGAUUUUUUUUUUACAUGUAAUGCUUGUGGCCUCAAGGGAGAUCAAAGCCCUUACAUAUGUGUUCCAUGUGGUUUCAUGAUUCAUCAAGACUGUCUUGGCCUUCCACGGGUCAUUAACAUCAAUCACCGUGUUCAUCUACUUUUUAUCAAUGGAGACUGUUUUUCCUUCCAAGACUAUUGUUUCUCCUAAUGUUUUCAGCUCUACGUUUUCUGCAAUAUCUUCCCUUGAGAACGAAGAGCACAGUAACCCUCAGUCUUACAUGUAAAAUGCUUGGUAAAGGUUUGUUAUAAAAAAAAGUCUGAUUGAUAUGUUUCAUAUAUUAUCCCGGGUUUGAAACUCUGGACUCAAUGAAUCAGAACAUGCUCGAGGAAAGAUUUUAAACAGCUGAAACGAUGUCUCUAUAAUGAUACAUCCAAGAAAGACAGUGACGACAAUGAACCAGAAUUAUUUCUCAGCUGAUCGUCUAUCUAAAUAACAAAAGUGAUGCAUAACCUUCAACUUAGGUCAUGGUCAUCAAAAUAGUUGCAACUAUAAUGAGAAAAAAAUCUGUAAGGCUAUCCUGAAAGAGGCAAAUGCUGCCAGAACUAUAGCUUCUUGAGCGUCCACCAUCUUUCUUCGUUACGGUUAUGCAGCUGAUAAGUGACAAUACUACGCAUUUGGAGAAAAAGCAAAAAGAAAACCAGAAAAGUAAAAGAGAAAACAAAGCUGACAACCCCACCUUAAGCAUAGGGAACCUUUUCUUUAUCGAAAUAUGAAAACAAAGAAACUUGAGAGGGGAUAAUGUUUGAGUGGCCAGAGAAAGAGAUAUAGCUUUGAGAAAACACACCACACCAUUAUUCAAGAGAUCUAUCUCCAUUAUUCAAUCUUUCCUUCUUCUUCUUCAUCUUCUUUAGUAUACUAGAGAGCAAAAUGGAAUCUGAGGGAGGAGUGUUGUUACCAUUGUUUCACGAGCAUCCUAUGACGCCUUGGAAUGAUCAUCAUAUGAGGAAAGGCGAUUGCUGUGAUUGCUUUGAACCUCAGAGUGAUGGCUACUAUUGUAAACUCUGUGAUUUCUUCGUGCACAAGAAGUGUGGCGACGAGCUGUCUGAAUUCAUCAGCGACCACCCAUCUCACCCCGAUCACACUCUCCGGCUUCAAGAAAAACGAGAAGAUCACGUAUGCUAUAUAUGUGAUAGUAAAAUCCAAAAUCUAUCCUAUCGUUGCGAGAUGUGUGACUUCCACAUGGAUCUACACUGUGCCAAGUACCCACCACCAGAUAUUAUUGAAAAUUUUGAGAUGCAUCCCCACAAGCUCACAUUUGUCAAGGAACUGAGCGCCUUCCACUCCUUUCAUGUGGAAUGUGUAUGGCACCCAGCAGCACUAGAGCACUCAACAGAGGUAAACCACCCUUAUCACUCCUUGCAUCCUCUUAAGCUAUUCAAGGGUCCACCACCUGACUAUUCUGAUGGUAAAUGUCGUCUUUGCGGAAGAAAGGUUGAUAAAGAAUUGUUUUAUCAUUGUUCUUCUUGUAACUUCACCUUGGAUUGGCGUUGUGUUGUGAAUCCGCCACCACAAUCUCUUUUGAACUUGAAAGCUCAUGAUCACCAACUCAAGCUUCUUCCAAGACUGCUUUCAUUCACAUGUAAUGCUUGUGGGCUCAAGGGAGAUCGAAGCCCUUACAUGUGUGUUCAAUGUGAUUUCAUGAUCCAUCAAGGCUGUCUUGGUCUUCCUCGUGUCAUUAACAUCAAUCGACAUGAUCACCGUGUUUCUCGUACUUUGCUUCUUGGUGAUGGUGCUAUGAAUUCUGUAUGCGAAGUUUGUCACAAGAAGGUGGACUGGACUUGUGGAGGAUUUUCUUGUCAGACGUGCCCUAACUAUGUUGUUCAUUCUAAAUGUGCUACCAGAUAUGAUGUUUGGAACAUGAAAGAGCUUGAAGGAGUACCUGAAGAAGAAGAAGAUAUAGAACCAUAUGUGGUGAUAGACGACAACACAAUACAACAUUUCAGCCACAAAGAGCAUUACCUCAGAUUCAAUGAGAAUGGUGUUUUGUAUGAGGAUACCAAACGAUGCAGCGCAUGCACCCAUCCCAUUGGUCUCCAAUCCUUUUAUGGAUGUAUGGAUUGUGAUUUUUCUCUCCAUCAGUGCUGUGCUAAAUGUCCUAAAAAGAAAAGGCAUGUGUUACACAAUGAACGGCUCACUUUAUUUACAAACAAGGAGCUAGAUACCUUCGGAUGUUAUGCUUGCAGUCGAAUGUGCAAUGGAUUCAUAUACAAGGAUCGGUAUACGAAGUUGGAUGUCUUGUGCGGUUCAGUUUCUGAGCCAUUUGAACGUCAUCACCACCAUCCCUUAUAUUACACUUUCGUAUUAUCUGACAAUUCCAUUGAAGAGACGGGAAUAUGCAAUGGUUGCAACAAUAAGGAAUAUCGUCUACUCAAGUGCAUUGAAGAUGAUUGUGGAUUUGUAAUAUGCUUCAAAUGUGCCACUCUACCACAAGUGGUAAAGCACAGAGUAGAUGAUCAUCCUCUCUCACUAUGCUAUGUGGAAGAAGAAGAGGCAAGUGGUAAAUACUGGUGCGACAUCUGUGAGAGAGAAACCGAUCCAAAGAAAUGGUUCUACACGUGUAAAGAUCACUUGGCUAGUUUGCAUACAAAAUGUGUGCUCGGAGACACUGCAGGACUCAUGCCAAGAAGCGUACCAAAGUUGUUGGGCAUACCGCAUGAGGUGGUGCUGAAUAAUAGUGUAACUCGCCCAUUUUGCAUUCGGUGCAAGUCUCGUUGCAUGUACCCUAUCUACCUCAAGGUGCUUGGGUCCCCAGAUAUAUGCUUUUGCUCUGUUGAGUGCUCUCUUGUUUACGUUUGAUAUGGGAAGAGGUAGAGCGAAAUGAACAAUCAUAAUAUUAAUAAAUAUUAAUAAGCCAUGGAGGCAAAGCAUAGGUUGAUGAUUAUAUUCUCUCACUAUGCUAUGGAGAAAAGGAAAAGAAAAAUUUACACUUAGACAUACUUUAUCUCUACUCUAUAUCACUUUAGCAUACUUUUCCCAUGUCAAGUACUUUUGUACGUGCUAUUGUCUAAAUUACCCCUGAAAUUAAUUAUCUUUCUAUUUCCCUUACUUUUAUCGUGACCCAACUCUUUGUGAAGCUUUACCUUUCUCUUUUUUUCCUUUUAUUCUUCAAUACAAAUUUUUAUUUCACGAGAAAAGAAUCCAAAAAAUAAAAAAAUAUUUAAAGAGGCGAUUCAGUUGGAAGUGAUGAUGACAAAGUUUUCUUCGACGGUGGAAGCGUUAGAUUUCAAGGAAGCUUAACGUUCAUAGGUGAAGUUCGCUCGCUCUCACCGCGUCGUUGAGUCAGAUCUGAGUCACCUUCUAUUCUUCACUUUUUUCUUGCUCGUAGAUAUCGAGAUGAAAGAUAAUGAAACCAAAGGUUAAGCGAAGAAUAGUGAUGCCAUAUACCUUUUAAUCAUAAAUAUGGUGGAUUUAUGAUUUUCUUCCUCUAUAUUUUGAUUUUUUUUGUUUAAUGGACGGUGAGAUUCAAAACGAGAGGUGAGAAAGCUGGAAGAAAAGAAAAAGAUCCAAAGCUUAUAACCACACUUGCCUAACCACAUCAAUAAGCCAAUGAACCAAAUUUUAUAACCAUACUUGCUUAUAAAAUAAUUUCUCCAUAACCACAAUUAUUGAAUUGUAAUGGUCAGCAAAAAGUUAUUAAAAAACAAAUUAUGAAUCUCAAAGAAAUGACCACAAUUUUUUAAUGAUCAUACCUAUACUAUGAUCUUGACCACAAAUGUAUGUUCUUACUAACUGCACCUUCUAUUAUAACAUAACAACUCAUUCCCAAAUCAACCAUACAUUACGUUAAUAUGCAUAACUAAAAAAAAUUUACUAUACAGUUAAACACAAAAUAAAAAAAACUUCUUAU